GAGGAAGGAGGAGACGGCGAUGGUGAUUGCGCAUAGGUGGAGGUUACCAUGGUGAAGAAGAGGAGGUUGAUGACACAGAAAUCCAAGUGACAGAAACUAGAAGAAUGGCUUCCAAGUCUGCCCUUGUCCUCUGUGUCAUCAACCUCCUCUUCUUCACCAUGGUAACCUCCACCUAUGCGCAAUCACCAUCGCCGUCUCCUCCUUCCUCAGGAAAUCAGCCAAGUUGCCCUAUGGACGCCCUCAAGUUAGGUGUCUGCGCCAGCCUGUUGGGUAUCAUCAACGUCCGCCUCGGCAAGAGCGAUUGCUGUCCCCGCAUGGCGGGCCUCGUCGACCUCGAAGCCGCCGCCUGCCUCUGCACUGCCCUUAGAGCCAAUGUCUUAGGUAUCAACCUUAACAUUUCCCAUACCUUGAGUGCGAUUCUCAGCACCUGUGGCAGAAGUGUCCCCAGGGGCUUUCGGUGUGCUUAA